AUGUCUUCUGUGCUUUGUCGGCCGCCGUGGAAUGCGAUAAACCGAGAAAUAGAUGUGCACAGGAGCCUGAGCCACCAGCAUGUCGUGGGAUUUCACGGCUGCUUUGAAGACAUGGAUAAUGUUUACAUCGUUCUCGAGAACUGCCCUCGUAAGAGUCUCGUGCAUGUACUGAAGCACCGAAAAACCUUGACAGAGCCCGAGGUGCGCUACUAUAUGUGGCAACUAAUCGAGGGUGUCAAGUACAUCCAUUCAAAGAACAUCAUCCACCGCGAUCUCAAGCUGGGCAACAUGUUCCUCACCGAAGAGAUGGUGAUGAAGAUCGGGGACUUCGGUCUCGCAGCGCGUGCUGAUCCGACGUCACCGUCCAAAGCGUGA